AUGAAAAAAUGGCAAGUUUAUGUGGUGAUCAUAUCCCUAUUCGUCCAUUUGGUAGCAUCACGAGUGGAAACUAUUAUUGAGGGGAGAAUGGUGGAGAUUACCAAUAAGCUUAAUUUUUUUAAUAAGAGAAGAGUGGAUAUUACCAAUAAAGUUGGUGAUGGCUUAACACUAACAUUCCAUUGUAAGUCUAAGGAUGACGAUCUUGGUGUCCAAAUUCUCGCACCAGAUCAAAUGUGGUCAUUCAGGUUUAGACCAAAUUUUUGGGGCACAACACUCUUUUAUUGUAACUUUAAAUGGGCUGGAGAAUCCCAUUGGUUUAAUAUCUAUGAUGAUGACAGAGAUGGUGAUGUUGGUCAUAAACCAUGCUUAUGGUAUAUUUGUGGGUGGGAUAUAAAACGUAGUGAGGUAUGCAGAUUGAAAGACAACUACGGUAAAGAUAUAUGUUAUCAUUGGAAAAAGUAA